AUGGCAGAUCAAGAGGAGGACGAUAUGCAGAUGGCGUUGAAGAUGAGUAUGCAGCACGAGCCACCGGAGCCGAAGAGGAGCAAACCGAGGGACAACGCUGCCGGACCUCAGGCGGAGGAGUCGCCGGAGGUGAAGAACCGGAGGUUUGCAGCGGGAAUUGAUGGCUGCGGCAGCGGAGAAGCGGAUGAUGGCGGCGAAGAACGCUGCCACCGCGGUAGUCUCGGUUUCAAAGGUUGGGAAGAGUGUAAAGGAAGAAGAGGGUGGAGUGCUUCUGGGGCGGAAU